GGGCCAGGCUGGGCCAGGCUGGGCUGGAACAGCUCACUCCGGACAGCUCCCGCCACCACAUAACACCCCUGGCCAGCAGUCGGGACCCGGGCCGCCUCCCCCAAAACCAUAAGACACCUUCCUCCUCUUUCUCCUCCUCCUCUUCCUCCCCCUCUCCUUCCUCCUCCUCCUCCUCGUCCUCCUCCUUUUCCUGCCUCUUCCUCUUCUUGCUCCCCUGGAGGGAAGGCUGGAUCAGAGAAGCGGCCAAGCCCGCCACCAACGCCGCCCAGUCCGGCUGUCUGUUCCGGGACCGCUGCCCCUGGACACUGGAUAAAGAGUCACUGACGGACAGAGACCAUGGAUGGGGCCCUGUGCUUGGCCAGUGCACUGCUGCUUCUCCUCGCCUGCCCUUUUCCCUGCCCAUUCUGCUCUGCAGAUCCCAUGGAGACCCUGGGCUGUGACCUGCAACCUCUGGACCCGCACCGUGGAGAGGUGACUUACACCACCAGCCUGGUCCCCAAUGGCUGUGCCAGUCGGGUCCCUGCAGACAAAGCCCAAGAAGUCCACGUCCUCCAUCUCAAGUUUUCAAAGAUGUCUGAACUGAAGCUGGAAAUCAAGUCAGAAGACACCCAGCCGCGGGAGGUACACCUGGUGAUCAGCGUCAGCACUACCGUUACUCUCCGUUUGCAGGCACCAGGAAUCCAGCUCAACCUGUCCUAUGACACCACCCUGCUGUACCCCUCAACCCCACAGCUGCCCCACACCCAGCUGCCCCCCCUCGCCAACGGCAGCCAGCUCCUUCAGUGGGCGCGGGACCGCUUUGGGGGCAUCACGUCCUACGCAGAGAUGGACGAUCCCCAAAAAAUCAUUUUCCGGCUGGGCCAGGCUCCCGAGAGGCCGGAGAAAUGCAUCCCACAGGCCAACUUCAAUGCGGGGAGCUACCUGGAGUGGGAGGCCAGGGCCUCAGAGGUGCGAAGCUGCAGUUUCCACAAUGGGCUGGUUGGGAAGGAGGCUCACAUCCUAAGGGUGCGGCAAGACCCCACGGCCAGUGCUCAGACGGUGGAAGUGAAGCUGGACCUGACCUGUCAGGAGGGGAACACGGUGCAAGGAGAGGAGACCAUCCUGAUUCUGCAGAGUCAGCAGAGCGUGACCUGGGCCAUCGAUGCCCUCCAAGUGAAGAUCUGGUCCACAGGAGUUAAUUUCGUCAAGAUGUUUCCCGAAUCGAAAUUACCCGGCUUAGCCCUCCCCGACACCCAGGAAGGGCUGCUGCACGAGGCCCUGAAGCUGAACGCCGACCUCAUCGCCUCCUACACUGAGAUUCCACCCUCCAGGAAGGUCACCCUCAGCUUCCCCAGAUGCGGCCUAAGCACUACGAUGCCAACUACCCCAGGAGUGAUCCUGGCCAAGGAAAGCUGUGCCCGGCAGAUGCUGACAAAUCUGCUCAAAGCCGAGUGCUCUGGGAACUUCAUGGAGAUCAUCCUGGAUAAGCAGGUUCUAAUGGCCUUGAACUGCCCAGUCUUGGACAUCUCCUUCCGGAAAAUGCCCGGCUGCCAGGCGCAGGAAGACAGCAGCCAGUUCUCCCUGCGCAGGUCCUCGGCGGAGUGCGCCAUGCAGAUGGAGGACUUCCUCCUGCUCAAGAACGAGGUGGUGGUGACCUUGAUCUUGGACCCAGAGCCCUUGGUGGUGCCUGUGCAGUGCAUGAACCCUGAUGACCUCUCCUUCCAAAUGGACCUAUACCACAGCCCAGACUUCAAAGAGUUCCUCUCUUCCAUUGAGCCAGGACAAACGAUUUAUGUUCAGGUGAAGGUGUCACCAGCAGGCAAGGAGAUGAAUCUGCAGUUGCAGGAGUGCACGCUGGACUUGGAGCCGGGCCCCAAAAGCUGGAACCUGAUCCAGCUGGGCAUGGCCAAGAGUCCCCGGGUCAGCCUGCUGUCCCCCGGGUCCCCCGCGGGGCCUACCAAGAGAUUCAGCUUUCUCUUCUGGAAGGACCCGAUGCCCGCCCGAUCCACGGUCACCCUCAACUGCAGCAUCCGCCUGCAGUACAGGAGCUGGAGCAAGGAUUUCCAGGUGUCAGUUCUGAAGCAGCUGAAGAUCAGGAAUCCGGUCCAGCCCACCCAGGGCCUGGGUAUGCCCACUGUCCUGGGUAUCACCUUUGGCGCCUUCCUCAUUGGGGCACUGCUCACGGCCGCUCUCUGGUACAUCUACUCGCACACACGUCCCACGGGCAAGAGGGAGCCUGUCAUGGCCACAGCCCCGGCCUCCGAGAGCAGCAGCACCAACCACAGUAUUGGCAGCACCCAAAGCACUCCCUGCUCCACCAGCAGCAUGGCGUAGCCUGCCUUGGCCCCGGCCCUCCCCACACCCACCCACCCACCCAUGGGAGAGGACUGGGUGCCCAUCUACCCUAGACUGCACCAGUCACUGGAGAGGGAGGCCACGGACAGUGCCACGGACAGCCUCGUUCCGGCCCCUUUGCUACCCAAAUGUCCAGACCCACCCCCUUGCCGGACAAAGAGCAGGGGGCCACCCCUCUCUGGGCCCUAGACUUUCGGAGGGUCACGGAGCUCGCUGGGGCCUGGCCACUCCAGACUGAGGGCAGCUGGAGAGCACCCGGCAGGCGAGAGGGCAGGUCGGUCUAGGCCUCAGCUUAACCUGACCGUCGCAGACACUGACAGCGCCCUGGUGAUGGGAAGAUCGGCUCUGCUGACAAGCGAGACUUUGGGCCACUGUCAUCCCCACCUACCUGCGGAUCGGCCGCUGGGAACUGGGGCCGCGCUCCCCUUCCCAGCCCUGGGCGGCGAGGAGUGUCCGACACCUUGGCCAGCCUGGGCUGCAGCCCUCUCUCCUGAUGUCGAGGUCUUAUACAUUCAAUGAAUGGUUGUAUCGAUCCCAGUCUCCAGCCCCAAGUAAACCCCCUCCUCCCUUAACCCAGCGCUGGCCCAGCCUCCCUCUUUCUAGGCUUUUUCUGCUCCCCCGCAGAAGCCUCUGCCUGCAGUCAAAUCCUCCCGAGUGUCCAGAGGGCUGAGGAGGGGAACAGAGGAGGGCUGAAACACCUUCGGGUUGACCCUGGCUCUGGUAGAGGGGGAGGGAGGAGGCCAGCAGCGAGCCUGCUCUGUACCUGCGCAUGCUGCAUUGCAAUGCUAUUGUAUUAACAUAUUUCUUCCUUGUAUUUUUAUCCUGGGAUGAGAGGUCAGAGAAGGCUGGGGAAGCCAGAGGAGUGGAUUUGAAGUCCACACCACAGCCCAUGGGCUUCGCUCCAGUCGGCUGCUCUUUAUUUAUUCAAGGGGCCUGGGGGACCCAAACUGAACUCUGACCACCACCACGCCACCCCCCCACCCGCCCAGGGACUCAGCUGCUGCCCCAGGCUCGUGGGCGAGGGCUGGGGUGAGGUGAGAGAUUGGGAGUCAGGGGGGAUACCAGUUCCAGAGUACCUCUCUGUCCUCUUUGGGGUCUGGAGCUGCGCUAAGGAGUGGAGUCCCGGCCGUAGGGGACGACAAGCCCAGCCGUUUCUGCCCGUGAACUUCCUCCAGGCCUCAACUUCCUUUGCCGGCCAGGGCCCACCGCCCAACGCCUUCCACCGUGGCUUAGCAGCCGGAGUUAACUGCAGCCAGUGCAAGCUCUGGACAAAGAGAGCCAAUCCAGAGUGCACUGAGCACUGGGCUGGGAGGGUUGCUGGCCCGAGGGCAGCCCUCCACCAUCCUGCUGAACUCCAAGAGGCUCCCUAGAAAGGGUCAGUCAGCCAGCACUUUUCCCAUUUCCUACAGCCCACGCCACCGCCCCACAACAGGAAUCCCUAACCGCCUCCGCCCCAACCAUGUCCAUCCUGCCCAGAAAUAGGGUACAGUGGCUGCCUCCUGUUGGCCAGCUGUCCCACCCGUGGCAGACUCGCAGAGCGGGGGCGGCUCCAGCAUUCUACCUGGCACCAAUAAAUCUAGCCCAGAAAACGCCUCUCUGCUGCCCUUGCUUUCCUCAACCGCAAGGCAGGGUGGAGGGUCUGACACCUGAGCCCCAGUUUGGUGCAGCUCCGACCUCAUAGGGGGGACUACAAUCCUGACCGACUUGGUGCAGUGGCUCCUCCUCCCCCUCGGGUGUGUGCAUGUUGGGCGGGGGGAGAGGCGGCUCAGCCAGGGCCUCACGGGAAGACCCUCACCAAGGCCCCACUCAGCCCAAGCUGUUGGGCUCCCCUCCUGCCACCUCUCCUUCCAUUC